UUUUUUUGGUGGAUUUGCUCUCCCUUUGCUGCAACAAGUUUGUGCGACCCAGACCAUGGCUGCUAAAAUGAGCCGUCGUUAUUCGACGACAGCUUCUCUGCGGCGCCUAUUCCCUUCCGCAUCUUACCGUCAAAUCCCCUUCUCCUCCUCCGCCGAAUCCCGCACCCAGAAGCUGGAGGGCAUCGCCGACGAGCUCCUCAACCUCAACAAAAUUGAGCGGCACGACUACAGCAUCCUCUACCGUCUCAAGCUCGGCCUCGACCGAUGGGGUUCCGGCGCUGGAAUCGUUGCCCCAGGUCUAUCGGCGGCAGGUGCAGCUGCCGAUGGAAGCGCGGCCGCAGUGGCUGAGGCGAAGGAGAAGACAGCGUUCGAUGUGAAGCUUGAGAAGUUUGAUGCGGCGGCCAAAAUCAAGGUGAUCAAGGAGGUGAGGACGUUCACGGAUCUAGGGUUGAAGGAAGCGAAGGAGAUAGUGGAGAAGGCACCGGUGGUUCUCAAGAAGGGGGUCACGAAGGAGGAGGCCGAGCAGAUUGUCGCCAAGCUUAAGGAGGCUGGCGCCACCGCGAUUUUGGAGUGAAUGCUGGAGAAGAAGGUUAAAUCUUCUUGUAUUGUUCUUUUUUUUCGGUUCUUUUUGUCUUGGUGUUUGGUUGCAGUAAUUUAUUGAGACGGUGGAAAUUUUUAAAAUUUAUGGAAUCUUCAAUUCUGAAAUUGAGGAUAGUGAAACGUAGUGUAGCUAUAUGAAAUGAGAAUCAAUGUGGCAUUUGAGAAGAAAGCAUUGGGAUUUUGUACAAUAAUGGUUAGCUGGGGCCUGAACGUUAUGCAGAUUUACCAAGUUUUUUGAGCAACA